AUUCUUGGAGGCCUUACCACCACACGAAUACAUUGAUGUUAUACGUAUACGUAUAUAAUUAUAUACUAUUUAUUAAGAUUGAACCAUCUUUGUAAGACAAAAUACAAGUGUCCCAAGGGCACUGCUUCUCCGUCGCCGUCGCGUCCGCCGUCUGUUGAUCCUGAUGCUGUAAUCUGAAACAAUGGAAGCUAAUGCUGAUGCCUUGGAGAGCUUGAGUUUUGUUGAAGGGACAUAUGAUUGUGAUAGUGAUUCUGACUGUUGUGUCGAGGACUUAGUUAAUGAUGAACUUUUCUAUGCAUCUGGUGAUAUACCCAAGUUGCAGUUUAGGAAAGAGGCAUCAAAGGCACGGUGGAUCAAAGAGUUGGGAAUGGCUGGGGUGCUGGAGAAAAAGGGUAAAAUGUGGACCACAACUGGGAUAGUUCGUGAUGGAAAGACUUACUGCUCAAUUGAAGAAACUUAGUGUAAUCUUUUUAGUGGCAAAGGGAUGUAUGUUUUGCACACAGAAAAGCAGUUGGUUCCAGUUGAGUAAUUGAUAGCAACACUUGCUGCUAUUUAGAUAGAGAUGGGGAUUGUUAUCGUGAACACUAACUGUAUUUGGGGAAUGAUAUACAAGAUUUGUGUUGUAGGUAUUUGGCUGAAGUUGGUGCAUUGGAUAUAUUGAAUGGCAAUGAUACCCCCUUUCUGUUGAGUGAUAUAUAUGGAAAGUUAGCAGAAGACAAGAAUAGGAGUGGAUGCUCUUGGGAGUCUUUUGAAGUCGCCGCUGUGGUGUCCCUUGGUCUGUGAAGAGUGUUAAGAUGGAAAUGUGAUGCUAGGAAGGUAUGGUGGAAUAUGACAGUAGUAGGGUAGGGGAUCAAUAGGCUACAGUUUCAUCACAGAGAUGUUUGGUAACUUGCAUUUUGGUGAAACCAGACCAGUCUUUGAUGUUUUUCUUCCUAACAGCAAGUUUAAAAAGUCUUGUCCAGGCACUCCGUCUUUUGUGCUCUGUCUCACCAGGUAACUAACUUGAGCAACAUCUCUUUAAUGAACUUUACUUUACACAUAAGAGAAUCAGGUUUGGACAAUGUAAUUUUGGUACAUAAUAAAGUUAAAUGAUGAAUGCUGGCUUAGAACUAAAUCCGGAGCUUGAACUCAUUUUAAGUUUUGGCUAGAGCAGAUUGUUAUCCUGGUAAAUUGUUGUUUCAGGUUCGAGUACCAUCUAAAUCAUGAACGAGACAGAUUAUCCAUAUGAUUAGCUGUAAAUAGUCAUUGAUACAUCUCGAAGGAAAUCUAGUAUGUGUCCAAAACUGAAGUCACUGAUAUCAUAUUCUGACCAACUUUAUGUCACGAGUGCACUUAGAAACUCUUUAUUUUGCAUACCAGAGUCCUGCUUGAAGAUCUCUAUUCAUUACUCGGCCCACAUUCCUCAUAGUGUUUCUUCACUUCUCACGUCGAGAAUCUCAUGCAAACAAGCUUUAUUGUGGACUGACAAUUCUAUAUAGUUGGCAGUUUUACUAGUGAACUCUAGCUUUAUCGACUGCUAGUUUGCCUUUUUCAAUGCUUUCGUUUAGAUAUGCUCUUGAUAAGACCUGAGGCAGACUUAUAGACAUACUUACAUGAUGGGUUAUUUAGUGGCCACCCACCAUCCAAACAAGAAAUUGAGGUCCUUGAGACACGCUGUGGUGGAAGUCCUCUAAAGUUAUGUAUUGUCGAGCACGGGCGGGUCAGUUUUUUGUCCUUCACCAAAGUUGAGUUGCCUAUUCUUCCGUGAUCGUGUUGCUUGGAUCCUUUCCGGGUAGCUAUAAGAUGAUAUUAUUAUGUUGCCGCAGUUGAAUUUAGAUGAUUAUUGAGCCAAUAUUUGUAACCGCACUUAUAAGCUUCCAUAUAGCUUUUAAGAGAUGACAGAUUGUGUCUUAUGAAUAGACAAGAACAUCUGAGUGUCUUGUUACCUAACUAGUGCCUAUUUUCUUGUGCUAGAAUGUACUAGUAAACUUGUUAUCUUCUGAUGGAUUGGUUUAUUAUUAAUGUAUGGAUGUUCUUCAUUAUUAUUCAUUCUUUGGAUUUCGA